CCAAAGGGAAAGAGAAAAAACACCGCCAUUUGUUCAGCAAAGGAAAAGACAAAUCAAACAAAGCUGGGAAAGGCGUCUUUUCAGCCAUGAAGCUGGGCAAAGCACGUGGUCAAAAAGAUGACCACCACAGGAAGCAAGAUGAACCGGCGGUCCUGGAAGCCGAAGACCUGGACCGGAAGGCGAUGCGGCUGGGAGGCGGGCUGGACCCAGACACCAUCUCCCUGGCAUCGGUCACAGCCGUCACCACCAAUGUAUCCAACAAGAGAUCCAAGCCAGAUAUUAAAAUGGAGCCCAGCGCUGGGAGGCCUAUGGACUACCAGGUCAGCGUCACGGUCAUUGAGGCGCGGCAGCUGGUGGGGCUCAACAUGGACCCCGUGGUGUGCGUGGAGGUGGGGGAUGAGAAGAAAUAUACGUCCAUGAAAGAAUCGACCAACUGCCCCUACUACAAUGAGUAUUUUGUCUUCGACUUCCACGUUCCCCCAGACGUCAUGUUCGACAAAAUCGUCAAGAUAUCGGUGAUUCAUUCCAAAAACCUCCUCCGCAGUGGAACCUUAGUCGGCUCCUUCAAAAUGGACGUCGGAACCGUUUACACCCAGCCAGAGCACCAGUUCUACCACAAGUGGGCGCUCCUCUCGGACCCGGAGGACAUCACCGCGGGGCUGAAGGGUUAUGUGAAGGUGGACAUCGCGGUGGUGGGCAAAGGAGACAACAUCAAGACGCCCCACAAGGCGAACGAGACGGACGAGGAUGACAUUGAGGGGAACCUGCUGCUUCCUGACGGUGUCCCUCCGGAGCGGCAGUGGGCGCGCUUCUACAUCAAGAUCUACCGGGCAGAGGGUCUCCCUCGCAUGAACACCAGCAUCAUGGCCAACGUCAAGAAGGCCCUCAUUGGAGAGAACAAGGACCUGGUGGACCCCUACGUCCAGGUCCUCUUUGCAGGACAAAAGGGGAAAACCUCGGUCCAGAAAAGCAGCUACGAGCCCACGUGGAACGAGCAGAUUGUCUUCACGGAAAUGUUCCCCCCACUGUGCAAGCGGAUCAAGGUCCAGAUCCGCGAUUCUGACAAGGUCAACGACGUGGCCAUUGGGACCCAUUUCAUCGACCUCAGGAAGAUCUCCAACGAAGGAGACAAAGGCUUCCUGCCCACGUUUGGCCCUGCCUGGGUGAACAUGUAUGGCUCCACCCGCAACUACACCCUGAUGGACGAGCACCAGGACUUGAACGAGGGCCUGGGCGAAGGGGUUUCCUUCCGUGCCCGCCUCCUGCUCAGCUUGGCCGUGGAAAUCUUGGAUACCAGCAACCCGGAGCUCACCAGCUCCACCGAAGUCCAAGUCGAGAUGGCCACGGCAGUUGCCGACAACUGCACGGGCAAGAUGGACGAGUUCUUUCUCUUUGGAUCCUUCCUAGAGGCCACCAUGAUUGACAGGAAGAAUGGAGACAAGCCCAUCAACUUUGAGGUCACCAUAGGCAAUUACGGCAAUGAAAUCGACGGGAUGUCCAGGCCCAUGAUCAAGAAGAAGAAGGAUAGUGGAGGAGAUGGAAACGAGGAAGAGUCUCAGCUGCUGGAGAACGAGAGUGACGAGGAAAGCACAGACGACGGGGAGUUUGUCUCCAUCUCCUCUUCUCCACCUUUGAGGCCUUUGAUCACCGACAGGAACUACUUCCACCUGCCAUAUUUUGAGAAGAAGCCUUGCAUCUACAUUAAGAGCUGGUGGCAGGACCAGCGAAGGCGUCUCUACAACUCCAAUAUCAUGGACAAGAUUGCGGACAAGCUGGAAGAAGGCUUGAAUGAUGUUCAUGAGAUGAUGAAGACUGAGAAGCCCCACCCGGAACGGCGCCUCCGAGGGGUUCUGGAGGAGCUGAGCAGUGCAUGCCUGCGGUUUGUGACCCUCUCCAACAAGGACCAGAAUCAUUCCUCCCGGACGCGGCUGGACCGGGAGAGGCUGAAAUCCUGCAUGCGGGAACUGGAGACAAUGGGUCAGCAGGCCAAGACCAUGCGAUCCCAGGUCAAGAAAACCACCAUCAGAGACAAGCUGAAGCAGGCACAGAACUUCUUGCAAAAGCUGCGGUUCCUGGCAGAUGAGCCCCAGCACAGCAUCCCGGACGUCUUCAUCUGGAUGAUGAGCAACAACAAGCGCAUCGCCUACGCCCGCAUCCCCUCCAAGGACAUCCUCUACUCCAUCGUGGACGAGGAAACGGGGAAGGACUGCGCCAAAGUGAAGACCGUCUUCCUGAGGGUGACGUGGCGGCUGAUUUUUAACCCCCUCCUUGGGUCGCAGUUGAUGGGUGGACGGAUGAGGGGAGGCUGGGAGGGGGGAGGGCAUGAGAGGUGCAACUUAGAAAAGAGUAUGAUCCACACAAGUAAGCAUCUUCAACCCAAAAUCAGGUUUGGAUCCCGGAUGGAGACAAUGGGCCAGCAGGCCAAGACCAUGAGAUCCCAGGUCAAGAAAACCACCAUCAGAGACAAGCUGAAGCAGGCACAGAACUUCUUGCAAAAGCUGCGGUUCCUGGCAGAUGAGCCCCAGCACAGCAUCCCGGACGUCUUCAUCUGGAUGAUGAGCAACAACAAGCGCAUCGCCUACGCCCGCAUCCCCUCCAAGGACAUCCUCUACUCCAUCGUGGACGAGGAAACGGGGAAGGACUGCGCCAAAGUGAAGACCGUCUUCCUGAGGUUACCGGGGAAAAAAGGUUUUGGGCCAGCCGGCUGGACGGUGCAAGCCAAGAUGGAGAUCUAUUUGUGGCUGGGGCUGAACAAACAGCGCAAAGACUUCCUCAGCGGCCUGCCCUGCGGCUUUGAGGAGAAGAAACUUCCCAAGGGCCAGAACAUCCCUUCCUUCCCACCCAUCAGUCUCCUGUACAACAUGAAGCAGGUCUUCCAGCUUCGUGUCCACAUGUACCAAGCCAGGAGUCUGUUUGCUGCCGACAGCAGUGGCCUCUCUGAUCCCUUUGCCCGGGUCUUCUUCAUCACGCAGAGUCAGUGCACGGAGGUCCUCCAGGAGACUCUUUGCCCCACGUGGGACCAGCUGCUGGUGUUUGACAACGUGGAGCUAUAUGGGGAAGUCCAUGAGAUGCGGGACGACCCUCCCAUCAUUGUCAUCGAGAUCUAUGACCAGGACACCGUGGGAAAGGCUGACUUUAUGGGCAGAACGUUUGCCAAGCCCGUGGUGAAGAUGUCGGAUGAGGAGUACUGUCCGCCCCGCUUCCCACCCCAGCUAGAGUACUAUCAGAUCUACCGGGGCAACUCCACUGCCGGGGACCUGCUGGCUGCCUUCGAACUGCUCCAGCUUCCUUACGACGACGAAGAGAUCAGGCGGGCCUUGCUGGCGGUCCAUGAUCCAUGCAUUCCGCAGAUCAAGAUUGGCCCAGCCGGGAAGUCAGAGCUGCCUCCCAUUGACGGCCCGACAGACAUGGAUCGGGGCCCCAUCCUGCCUGUGCCUUUGGGAAUCCGCCCUGUGUUGAGCAAAUACAGAGUGGAGAUCUUGUUCUGGGGACUGAGAGACCUGAAGCGUGUGAACUUGGCUCAGGUGGAUCGGCCUCGAGUGGACAUCGAAUGUGCCGGGAGGGGAGUCCAGUCAUCCCUCAUCCAGAAUUACAAGAAAAACCCCAAUUUCAGCACCUUGGUCAAAUGGUUUGAAGUGGUGAGUAUCUUCCCCCAGCAGAGAUGGCGCUCCCCGCAGAGGACGGGCGACCCUUUCUCAGACGGCGCGUUUCCUCCACGCGGGCAUCAGCUAACCGACACUUUGCUUCUCCUGUCUGCCUCUUUUCUCCCCCUUUUCUGUCCUCUCUGUGUUGUUGUUGUGCCGCUGUGCGCCAUGGCUAGGUAUGAGCUGCGGGUUAUUAUUUGGAACACCGAUGAGGUGGUCCUGGAGGACGAUGCUUUCAUGACGGGAGAGAAGAUGUCAGACAUCUAUGUCAGGGGGUGGCUGAAGGGUCAGCAAGAAGACAAGCAAGACACAGACGUCCACUACCACUCGCUGACCGGCGAGGGCAACUUCAACUGGCGCUACAUCUUUCCUUUCGACUACCUUGCAGCUGAGGAGAAGAUUGUUAUCUCGAAGAAAGAGUCCAUGUUCUCCUGGGACGAGACCGAGUACAAGAUUCCGGCCCGACUCACGCUACAAGUGUGGGAUGCCGACCACUUUUCCGCCGAUGACUUCCUCGGAGGCAUUGAGCUUGACCUGAACCGCUUCCCACGUGGCGCAAAGACCGCCAAGCAGUGCAGCAUGGAGCUGGGGACGGGGGAGAUUGAGGUGCCCAUGGUCUCUAUCUUCAAACAGAAGAGGGUGAAGGGCUGGUGGCCCUUCUUGGCACGAGACGAGAACGACGAAAUGGAGAUGACGGGAAAAGUGGAGGCUGAGCUUCACCUUCUGACGGCCGAGGAAGCCGAGAAAAGUCCGGCCGGGCUGGCUCGUAACGAGCCCGACCCAUUGGAGAAACCCAACCGCCCAGAUACCAGCUUCAUUUGGUUCCUGAACCCUCUCAAGUCCAUCCGCUACUUUAUCUGGCACACGUACCGCUGGCUUCUGCUGAAAAUCCUCCUCCUCGUUCUCUUGCUCCUUAUGGUCGGACUCUUCUUGUACUCCAUGCCCGGCUACAUGGUCAAGAAGCUGCUUGGGGCCUGAAAGGGUCUGUCCCUCUUUCCUCAGGUCGUCCGGAUACAUCCUUCAUCUGGUUCCUGAACCCGCUCAAGUCCAUACGGUACCUCAUCUGCACCCGCUACAAGUGGCUCAUCAUCAAGAU